AUGUUGGAGAUGCUUGAAUACAGCCAUUAUCAGGUGCAGUCCCACCUGGAGAAUCCCACCAAGUACCACGUCCAGCAGGCUCAGAGGCAGCAUGUACGGCAGUACCUGUCCAACACCCUGGGGGGCAAAGCUGGCACCCAGUGCACCAGCCAGCCAGCUGAGCACAGUAUGGCACCUGGGCCGGGCAGCUGUACCCCAAACAGUCCCAUGGCACUUCUUACCCUCAGCGCCAACUGUGAAAAAGAGAUGGAUGAUGUCAUUGAUGACAUCAUUAGCAUGGAGUCCACAUAUAGUGAAGAUGUUCUUGGACUUAUGGACCCAACACUCCAGAUCAACAACACACUCUCCGGAAACCUUCUGGACAUGUACAACAAUCAAGGACUUACACUGCCAGGCAUCCCAAUCACCAACUCCUGCCCACCCAACAUCAAAAGGGAAUACACAGGUAAAUUUACUGCGGCUCCUGACAUGAAGGAAGUACCAGUCAACCCUGGAUCCUGUGGCCGGUAUGAAAACUAUCAAAGGCCAUCGGGCUUUCCAGUAGAAGCUGAGGUUCGUGCUUUGGCCAAAGAGAGGCUAAAGAAGGACAACCACAACUUAAUUGAGCGUAGACGGAGGUUUAACAUCAAUGAUCGAAUCAAAGAGCUGGGAACGCUGAUACCGAAGUCAAAUGAUCCAGAUAUGCGCUGGAAUAAGGGAACCAUUCUAAAAGCCUCUGUGGAUUAUAUCAGGAAGCUGCAGCGGGAGCAGCAGAGGACCAAGGAGCUGGAGUGCCGACAGAGGAAGCUGGAACACACAAACCACCACCUGAUGCUUCGUAUACAGGAGUUGGAGAUGCAGGCACGAGCUCAUGGGCUUACAGUGGUAUCAUCCCCAUCAAUGUGCACAUCAGAACUGAUGGCCCGAGCCAUCAAGCAGGAGCCUGUUCUCAGCGACUGUCCCUCAGAGCUCUAUCAGCACAACUCAGCCCCCGACAUGUCUCCACCAACCACUCUGGACCUCAACAACGGCACCAUUACAUUUGACCAGAUUCCUGUAGACACCAGCGAACAUGGACUGUACGGAAACUCCAGGACCUGCAAAAUGAGGGAAUUGGUCAGGGACACCACCCUGUCCCCAAUCUCUCCAAAUGAUCCUCUGCUGUCCUCAAUGUCUCCUGAUAACUCCAACAACAGCAGCAACCAUCACAGUGCCACCUCUGGUAUGGAGGAGAAAGACAGAGAGUGUUAA